AAUGACAAAAACAUGUCUACUGAAAGAUUGCCGUCAACAUUCUACUUCAAAAACUUCCAAAAAACCGGGCAUGUUCCGGUUUCCGCAAACAACUGGUACGAAUUUCUAUUUAACAAAGCUUUCGGAUGAGCGGCGGCACAAGUGGAUGGCUGCGCUGGGCGUAGCACAAGGCAGAAAAUGCGGUGGAUUAUAUGUUUGUGGGCGGCAUUUUGUUUCAGGUACACCCGCCAGGGUUACUGAUAUCAACGAUGUGGAUUGGGUGCCAACUCUAAACCUUCCCGUGGUUCCCGUAAAAAAUGGAAGCAGUACCAGUGUUGUUGAGAAUGAAGGAACUACCGGGAAUCAAAAUAAAGCAGAUAACGAUCAAAACAAACAACCACAACCCCAACCGCCCCAAACUAACUUGAAACCAGAAGUGCAAGAAGUGAAGAUUACAAGUAACGCACCUUGGAUUCCGCAGGUAAAUGAUACGACUGUUGAUAAUAGAAAAAGUAUUCGGCAAACGCAAAAGCUCCUCUGCCGAUUAUGCCUUCGAACAUACCCGAAGCCACGAAUGGAUUUAAUAUUCAAAAAUGGAUCUGAUCUAAGGAAAAACAUUUAUAUCACUAUUGGAGUGAAGGUUAAAAAGCACGACCGCUCUGUUCAUAUAUGCAUUAAUUGCCGCAAUAUUGUCCGCUUGAUUGACCAAUUUCAACAAGCUUGCAGCGUUAGUGAUGCUCUACUAGCUAAAUCAAUGUGCGAUAUGCCAUCGAAUACCUGGUCCAUUCUGGACAAUAUGGUGGCAAUUAAAAAUGUGGCCGAUUUGAUGGAAAAACACAAGUCUGAAGUGGAUGCUUUAUACACUGCAAAAGCCGACCCAGAAUUUGCUGUGUGUGACAUAGAACCUAAAGAUAGUUUUGAUGAUAAAACGGAUAAAAAUUUGAGUGAAAUUAAAGUUGAUGCAAUUUUUGAUCAACAACAGCAAGGAGUUUUACCAAACUUUGUUGAGAAAUCUGUUGAAAUUCAGUCCACCUCCUGUUCCGUUACGAGCAGUCAGUCCAACCAGAAGCGAUAUACUAAUAUACUUGAUCUAGAAAAAAUUAUAUGCCCAGUAUGUGGAAAAAUCCUUACCCGGCAUGCCCAGGAAGGGCACAUGAACGGACAUCUCGGUGAACGACCGUACUCGUGUGAUAUCGAAGGAUGCAAUGUGAAGCUCCCGUCGAAGCUUGCCCUACAGCAGCAUCGCAGCCGGCACAAAACUGCAAACCGUUACUUCGAUUGCGAAAAGUGCGGCAAGAAAGUCAAAGGCACCGCCUACUGGCUUAUCCACCGGAAGAUGCACACCGAAGAGCCAAAGUUUGCCUGCAACAUUUGCGGCAAGAAAUUCCAUCGAAAAUUCAGACUGAAAAUGCACAUGACUGUCCAUACUGGGGAUGCCCAGUAUCCAUGCGAAAUAUGUGGAAGAUACUUCACCUUGAAGCACAACCUUAGGGCACACUAUAAGAUACACGUAAAAAACGGAACAUACCCACCGGGUUUGAAGCUCAAAAAUACGCGUAAUCCAAUAGAAAAUGCGCCAGAAAUUAGUACCUUUGAUGAACAAUGUGAGGGAACACAAUAA